AUGGUGUUGCUAGCUCAAGCGAUUUGUCCUUCAUUAUCAAAGAAGAUCAAUGACAUCACAGGUAAUGGCAUGACUCUCCAGCGAAUUGUAUUGAAGGUAUUCCCCCAAACGAGGGAGAAAAACCUAUCUUUAGCCAACAUGACCCAGGUCCAAGAGUUCAUCCUGUUGGGUUUGUCACCAAGACCAGGCCUGCGGGGUGUCCUCUUUGCCGUGUUCCUGACCCUCUACCUGCUGACUCUCUUGGAGAACACCAUCAUCAUUCUGCUCAUCUGGAGUCACACAGAACUCCACAAGCCCAUGUAUUUCUUCCUGGGGAACCUGAGCUGCCUGGAGAUGUGCUAUGUGUCAGUCACGAUGCCCACCCUGCUGCUCGGGCUGUGGUCAGGAUCCUGCCACGUCCCCUUCACCUCCUGCAUGACUCAGCUCUUCUUCUUCAUCACACUCAUCUGUGCCGAGUGCACCCUGCUGGCCUCCAUGGCCUAUGACCGCUAUGUGGCCAUCUGUCGUCCCCUCCACUACCCCAUCCUCAUGAGGCCGCAGGUCUGCCUCCUGCUGGCUGCUGCCUCCUGGAUGGGUAGCCUCAGUGUCUCAGUGAUCAAGACAGCCUGCAUUGCUGGCCUCUCCUACUGUGGCCCCAAUGUCCUCAACCACUUCUUCUGUGAUGUCUCCCCUCUGCUCAACCUCUCUUGUACCCACGUAGCACUAACUGAGCUGGUGGACUUCAUCUCUGCCAUCGUCAUCUUCUACGGUUCUCUGAUGGUUGCCCUGAUCUCUUAUAUGGCCAUCGGGACAGCUGUGGUGCAGAUGCCCUCAAAUGCUGCCCGGCUCAAGGCCUUCUCCACCUGUGCUUCUCACCUCAUCGUGGUGGGCAUCUUCUACUCAGCCUCCAUCUUCAUCUAUGCCCGCCCCAAGCGCAUGGAAGACAUGAGCCUCAGCAAACUGCUCUCUAUCAUCUACACGGUGUUCACACCCAUUUGUAACCCAAUCAUCUACUGCCUGAGGAACAAGGAGGUCCAACGGGCUUUUCAGAAGACCCUCCACAAGGACAGUGCUGGCAAACCCUUUAGAGAUCAUGUGCCCAAACUGCACCUUCAGGCUGCCUGUGAACCCCCCUGCAUUACCCCAGACAGGGAUGGAGGAAGUAUUCAUAUUGCACUGCUGGACAGAGGAAAGGAGCAUGUGAAAAUUGUUCUCAGGAAUUGUGGAGAGGGAGAGGGGAGUAUCCCCCUCAGCAUGCCAAGACACUUGUGCCACACCUUCGCCAAUACAGCUCUAGGCUAUUUAGGGCCAAGGAAGGAUGAACGUGUUUUGUGUAGGAAGCCUGAGAGAUACAGCUAA